ACUUAAAUUUACCUUAUGUUUCUUCAGGUGUGUUCAUCUUUUGCUACAGGCCCCAGACAAUACGAUGGAACAGUCUAUGAGUUUCGUACUUACUGCAUUAAACCUUCAAAGAUGAAUGAGUUUCUGGAAAAUGUUAAGAAAAACAUACAUCUUCAGACAGCUCACUCUGAAUUGGUUGGAUUCUGGAGUGUAGAAUUUGGAGGCAGGAUCAAUAAAGUGUUUCAUAUUUGGAAGUAUGACAAUUUUGCUCAUCAAACUGAAGUUGGGAAAGCCUUGGCCAAUGAUAAGGAAUGGCGAGAACAAUUACUCAUUCCAAUUUUGGGGCUUACUGAUAAACAAGAGAGUGAAAUUACUUAUCUGGUGCCAUGGUGCAAAUUAGAAAAACCACCCCAAGAAGGAGUCUGCGAGCUGGUAACUUUUCAGAUGAAACCUGAUGGGCCAGCUCUGUGGGGUGACGCAUUUAAAAGAGCGGUUAAUGCCCAUGUCGAUCUAGGCUACUCAAAACUAGUUGGAGUUUUCCAUACAGAAUAUGGAGCACUCAACAGAGUUCAUGUUCUUUGGUGGAACGAGAGUGCGGAUAGCCGAGCAGCUGGGAGACACCAGUCUCAUGAGGAUCCCAGAGUUGUGGCAGCUGUUCGGGAAAGUGUCAAUUACCUAGUGUCUCAGCAAAAUAUGCUUCUGAUUCCUACGUCAUAUUCACCAUUGAAAUAGUUUUCCGUGGAAAUACAAAGCAUUGCAUGAACUGCCAUAAGACGUGUCUGUUAACGGUGCUUAAAUUCUUCCAAGAGAUUCUCACUUUUAUUUGGAGGAGGUGGUAAGCUAAUUUGCUAUGUCCCUUGCAUUUCUUAAAAGCUACUCUCUAGCCACUGUCACCACCACUUCAGGAAACAGUCUGUUCAUUUUCCCCUUGAUAUUUCAGUACCUGUCACACAUUAAAAAUAGUGGCCAUUACUACAGUAUCUUGAUUUUUCAUUUGUUUCAGAAUAUCUCUUGUUCUCUAUUUUGACAACCCUCUGCUUUUAUACCAUUUUCUUACAUACACUUGAUUGUUA